UUACCUAUCCUCACCCCUCCCUUGUGUGCUCUCGCUUUUAUCAUGUGCAGCUAUGAGGAGUUUUGUUGCACACUGUCCUGAGCUCCUAACUGAAGAUGUGAUUAGAAAAUUAAUGACCCCUAUUGAAUGUGCCAUGACUAUGAUGUCACACAUUCCAUCUGUAAUCAAAGCCCACGGAGCACAUCUGAAAGCUAGUGCAGCAAUGGUCCGUUUAAGACUUUAUGAUAUAUUGGCUUUAUUACCUCCAAAAACUUAUGAAGGAUCUUUCAAUGCACUUCUUAGAGAACUGGUAGCAGAAUUUACUUUGACUGACAACUCAGCCAACACAACUACUUCCCUCCUCCGAUCUCUCUGUCACUAUGAUGAUAGUGUUCUUCUUGGUUCAUGGCUUCAAGAAACUGACCAUAAAUCAAUUGAAGACCAGCUCCAGCCAAACAGCGCCUCUGGUAGUGGGGCUCUGGAGCAUGACCCUUCCUCCAUUUAUUUACGAAUACCUGCUGGAGAAGCUGUGCCUGGUCCUCUCCCUCUUGGAGUUUCAGUCAUCGAUGCCUCAGUGGCUCUUUUUGGUGUAGUGUUUCCACACCGGUUAGUAAAAAUGAUGUGAUCUUUAUCCUUUUAUUGUAGAUUACAGAUGUUGGAUCACUUUGCUGAAUGUGUUAAACAAGCCAAAGGUGUCCGCCAGCAGGCUGUGCAGCUUAAUAUAUUUACUGCUGUUCUUAGUGCACUAAAGGGCUUAGCUGAAACAAAGUACUUAGGACCUGAAGAAGUUCGUAAAUCUGCUCUGACACUGGUUAUGGGUGCUCUGGACAACCCAAACCCCAAUAUUACGGUGUGCAGCAGGGAAGCUCUUGGAAGAAUGGCUCAGGUUGUGGGAGAAGCAACUUUUAUUGCUAGAAUGGCUCAAUAUAGCUUUGACAAGUUGAAAUCAGCUCGAGAUGUUGUUUCUAGGACUGGUCAUUCAUUGGCCCUUGGUUGUUUGCAUCGUUAUGUUGGUGGAAUAGGCUCAGGACAACACCUAAAGACCAGCGUUAGCAUUUUACUAGCUCUAGCACAAGAUGGGACAUCUUCUGAAGUUCAGACUUGGUCUCUUCAUUCACUUGCUUUGAUAGUGGAUUCUAGCGGCCCAAUGUAUCGUGGAUAUGUGGAGCCAACAUUAUCUCUAGUUCUUACCUUGCUGUUGACAGUUCCACCUUCACAUACAGAAGUUCAUCAAUGUUUGGGUAGAUGUUUGGGUGCUAUUAUAACAACUGUUGGUCCUGAACUGCAAGGAAAUGGAGCAACAAUUUCCACAAUUCGCUCCUCUUGCUUAGUGGGCUGUGCAAUCACUCAGGACCAUUCAGACUCUCUGGUUCAGGCAGCUGCCAUCUCCUGCCUUCAGCAGCUUCACAUGUUUGCACCACGUCAUGUCAACCUAUCUAGUCUUGUUCCCAGCCUUUGUGUUCACUUAUGUAGUUCCCAUUUGUUACUUCGACGAGCAGCUGUGGCAUGUCUCCGGCAACUUGCCCAAAGAGAAGCAGCCGAAGUGUGUGAAUACGCCAUGAGCCUAGCAAAAAAUGUGGGGGACAAAGAGACCAGUGGUGCCAAUGUCAAUCCUUUUGCACCUGGGGUUAGUUCUCGAAGUGAUAUGCAUUGCCGGCACCAAGGUGUUAAUAUAACAGAAACUGGUCUUGAGGGACUUCUGUUUGGAAUGCUAGAUCGGGAGACAGAUCGAAAAUUAUGUUCUGAUAUUCAUGAUACACUGGGACAUAUGCUUUCAUCGCUGGCAGUUGAUAAACUUUCCCAUUGGUUGAUGCUUUGUAAAGAUGUCCUGGCAGCUUCUAGUGAUAUGAGUACUGCAACUCUGUUAAGUAGUGGAAAAGAUGAAGAAUCUGAAAAGAAAGAUGAGAUGGAUGAUGAUACCAUGUUUACCACACUAGGUGAAGAAGACAAAUCAAAACCUUUUGUGGCACCUCGCUGGGCCACUCGGGUAUUUGCUGCUGAUUGCCUGUGUCGGAUCAUCAAUUUGUGUGAGAAUGCAGACCAGGCUCACUUUGAUCUUGCCCUGGCACGCUCUGCUAAACUACGGAACCCUAAAAAUGAUCUCUUAGUACUCCAUCUCUCUGACCUGAUUCGCAUGGCAUUCAUGGCUGCGACUGAUCAUAGCAACCAGCUGCGAAUGGCUGGACUGCAGGCCCUUGAAGACAUUAUCAAGAAAUUUGCAUCUGUGCCUGAGCCAGAAUUUCCAGGUCAUGUGAUUCUGGAGCAGUAUCAAGCUAAUGUGGGAGCUGCUCUUAGGCCAGCUUUUUCACAAGAUACACCAUCAGACAUAAUUGCAAAAGCUUGCCAGGUAUGUAGCACAUGGAUUGGAAGUGGAGUUGUCAGUGAUCUCAAUGAUUCUCGUCGGUACACAAAUCUGCUUGUUUCUUCUCUGGAUAAAGUUCAGGCCGGAAAAGGAUCUUCCAGCCAACUGUACCGAGAAAGUGCCACAACCAUGGAAAAGCUGGCUGUUCUUAAAGCAUGGGCAGAGGUAAACAUGGUCUAUUGUCGAACAGUUUCUCCUCCGAUGAGAAAGUUCUCCCUACUCCCAUUGGUAAAAACAUUUCUGUUUUUUGAAAGCCUACCUUUGUUAUAG